AGAAACUCUUUUGAUUUUUUUUUUAUUUCUCAGUUAUUUAUUUAUUUUCUUUUACCUUAAAUCUAUUCCUGAUAAAAUAGGUGCUGUUGUGUGUCUCUCGUUGUAUUAUGUUUUCUUUAAUUAUUUUCAGUAGUAAUCAGCUGAUCAUAUUGCUCCUAUCUGUCUCUCUCUUUACAUGCUUUGAUAAUGCUAAAGGUAACAACUUUUCCUUUUAUUUUUUUACCACUCAGUUUCUUUGAUACUUUGUUUUUUUUUUUUUUUUCAUAUUAAUUUGCUUUGAAACCGUUUCUUCAAUUAUGUACGUUGUCUCUCUUUAGUGGUAAUCAGCUGAUCAUCUUGCUGGAUCUGUCUCUCUUUGAUUAUUAAAGCAAAUGGAGAUUGCAAAGUUAGUGGUGGAUCCCAUUGUAUCCAAAGUUUUCGAACUGUUGGUUAAUCCUGUUGUGCGUCAGAUCAACUAUGUAUUCAACUACAGUGCCAACAUCCACAAUCUCGAAGAAGAAGUUGAAAAGCUCAGUCAUGCUAAACAAAGGGUUAAGCACACUGUGGAGGAGGCUGGGCGGAAUCCACUAAAACAAAUUGAACCUGAUGUUCAGCAUUGGUUGGCUAAGGUGGAUAGUGUCGCUGAAGAUGCAGAUAAAAUUCUUCUUCAACAUAAAGAUGGAGGAAAAAGGAGGUGCUUCAUGGGAUUGUGUCCAAAUUUGAUCAGGCGCCACCAGAUUAGUAGAAAAGCCAGUAAAGAAAUACCAAUCAUUGUUGGAGUCCGAGAAGGGGGAAAUUUUCCCAGAGUUUCCUACUGUGCUCCACCACAGGGCAUAGUGGCAGUCAAAGAGUGUGAAGCCUUUGAAUCAAGAACAUCUGUUGUAGAUGAAAUCUUGAAUGCUUUAAAAGAUGCUGACGUCAAUCUCAUUGGAGUGUACGGAAUGGGAGGCGUGGGUAAAACCACACUUGUGAAACGCAUUGCCACUCUGGUCAGGGAACUCGGAAUCUUCAAAUUGGUGGUUAUAGCAACUGUCACCCACAGUGUGGUUGUUACAAGUGUUCAGCAAGAAAUUGCAGAAUGGCUAGACUUCAAACUUGGUGCGGAGUCUAUUGCAGUACGAGCAGCUCGAUUGAGUGAGCGAAUCAAAAAAGAAGAGAAAAUUCUAAUAAUUCUUGAUGAUAUAUGGGCAGCAAUCAAACUAGAUGAGAUAGGAAUUCCUUAUGGCACUGAUCAUAAUGGAAGCAAGAUACUUAUGACGUCCAGAAAUCAAUCUGUAUUGUCGGAAAGCAAGAUACUUAUGACGUCCAGAAAUCAAUCUGUAUUGUCGGAAAUGGGUGUACAGAGAGAUUUCAGGCUUGAAGUUUUAGAGCAUCAAGAGGCAUGGAGUCUAUUUGAGAAGAAGGUGGGAGAUCUUAAAGAUUCCAACUUACGACCUAUAGCUGUGGAAAUAGCAAAGAGAUGUGCAGGCUUGCCCAUUUUAAUUGUAGCAGUAGCGACUGCGUUGAAAAAUAAGCAGGCAUUUGAAUGGAAUGAUGCGUUGGAACAGCUUAAAAUAUUUGAUGGCAGGGGACAUGAAAAGAGAGUUUACUCAGCCCUAGAGUUGAGUUACAACUUUUUGAGAGAUGAGGAGAAGUCUUUGUUCCGACUCUUGGGACAACUCACAGCUAAUGAGGACAUCCGAGACUUGUUGAAAUAUGUAGUGGGGUUUGGCUUAUUUAAUCAACUCAUCACACUAAAAGCAACAAGAAAUAGACUACUUACAGUAAUAAGUGAUCUAAAGCUGUCUUGUUUGUUACUUGAAGAUGGGGGCCAUGAGCGAGUCAAAAUGCAUGAUGUGGUUCACAGCUUUGCAGCCUCAUUUGUGUCCAAGCACGAUCAAGUGCUCACUGCAGCAUAUGAAGCUGAAUUGGAAGAAUGGCCGAACGAGGACUUCUUUAAGCAGUGCACAUCAAUCUCUUUGCCAUAUUGCAAAAUCCCUAAGCUCCCUGAAGUAUUUGAAUGCCCAAAACUCAAAUCAUUUUUGUUGUUAAAUCAAGAUCCCUCACUUAAAAUCUCAGGGAAUUUAUUCAGUAAAAUGAAAGAACUCAAAGUCUUGGAUUUGACGAAAAUAAAUUUGUCACCACUGCCUUCGUCACUUCAAUCUCUUGAGAACCUCCAAACCUUAUGUUUGCAUUUCUGUGAUUUAGAAGACACAGCUGCAAUUGGAGAGCUAAAACAGCUGCAAGUUCUUAGCUUGGUUGGAUCUACAAUUGUUCGAUUGCCGAAUGAAGUAAGAAAAUUGACUUGUUUGCGACUUUUGGAUUUGAGUAGAUGUCAAAGACUUAAAGUGAUUCCGCCAAAUGUCCUAUCAACACUAGCCCAAUUGGAGGAAUUAUACUUGGGGGGAAGCCUUGUGCAAUGGGAGGGUGAAGGGCAUGAUGAAGGAAGCAACAACGCUAACUUGUCUGAAUUGAAGCUUUUGUCAAAAUUGUCCACUCUAGAGAUACAUAUCAUAGAUGCAAAUAUCAUGCCUAAAGAUAUAUUUUCUGAAAAAUUGGAACGUUUUAGAGUAUUCAUUGGAGAUGGGUGGGAUUGGGCUAAUGAUGAGCAUGAGACCUCAAAAUCAUUGAAACUCAAGCUGAAUAGAAGCGCCUUGUUGGAGAGAGUAAAAGUGUUGCUGAUGAAAACGGAAAGUCUAUAUUUGGACGACUUGAAGGGCGUGAGAAGUGUUCUCUAUGAAUUAGAUGAUCAAGGCUUUCCUGAGUUAAAGCAUCUUCGUGUUCAAAAUAGCCUUGAUAUUCAAUAUAUCAUAGACUGGAUGAAAAUGAACCAUUUCAUUGCUUUUCCCAAGUUGGAGUCAUUAUUUCUUCACAAUCUGAAUAAUUUGGAGAAGAUUUAUCAAGAGCCUUAUUCAGUAGGAUCUUUUAGCGAUUUGAGAAAAUUAAAGGUAGAAAAUUGUAAUGCAUUGAGGAGUCUCUUCUCAUUUUCUAUGUUUAAUGUCCUUAAGAAGCUAGAAGAAGUGAAUGUGAAUAAUUGCAAAAUUAUACAAGUGAUAGUAGCUAAGGAAGGUGAAGAUGAUGAAGAAUGUGAGUUGACACAACUGCGAUCCUUAACGUUGGAAAAUCUACCCCGAUUUACAAGCUUUUGUUCCCAAGUGAAGGUGCAUUCUACAUCCCAAAGAGCACGAAAUCAAGAAAUAGCUACUACGGCCUCCAAUGAAAUUGUAUGUGAAGCUGAUGCGGAAGUUCUGGUGGCACUUUUCAACGAAAAGAUUCGAUUUCCUAAUUUGGCAGACAUGAAGUUGGUUGGAAUUAAUGUGGAAAUGAUAUGGCCUUGUCAACAUAAAGCAUUGUCUCCGAGUAUUGAAAAAUUAACAACAUUGAUUGUAGAUGGGUGUGGGAAUUUGAACUUUCUAUUCACAUCUUCUAUUGUUGGAAGUCUUGCACAGCUUAAAGUGCUUGAGAUAUGUGACUGCAAAUCUAUGGAAGAAGUAAUACUUGCAGCAGGAGAAGGAGAAACGAUGAGCAAAAUAUUAUUACCUAAAUUAGACUCUCUAAAGCUCAAAGGUCUUCCCAAGCUUGUAAGGUUCUGCAUAGCUAAGUUAAUUGAAUGUCCCUCCUUGAAAGUGUUGAAGAUGGAGAAUUGUCCUCGUUUGCAAGCAUUUGUCUCCACACAAGUGAACACAGCUCUCUUCGAUGAAAAGGUUUGGUUUCCUAAGUUGGAGGAAUUGCAUGUUGAGGACAUGCAUAUGUUGAAGAUGAUAUGGUGUGAUGAAGUGCUAGCAGAUUCCUUUGGUAGAUUAAAAGUGCUAAAGGUGCUAAAUGGAAAACAGCUACUGGAAAUCUUUCCGUCUAAAUUGUUGGAAAAGUUCUUGGUGAAUCUAGAAUCAGUAACUGUACGACAUUGUGAUUCAGUGAAAGAGGUGUUUGAUCUCCAAGCAAUAAUAAAAGAAAGAGAAGCACAUGUUGUAAGGCACAGUCAAUUGAGAACUUUGGAGAUUCAGAAUCUUCCCAACUUUAUUCAAAUAUGGAAUAGGGAUCCUCAUGGCAUUCUCUCCUUUUAUAACCUACGUGAAGUGUAUGCUUGGAAUUGUCCAAGUUUGAAAAAACUCUUGCCGUUUUCAGUAGCUCAAUGUCUACCGCAUCUUGAAUUUCUAAGCAUAGGUCGUUGUGGAAUGGAGGAAAUCGUUACUAAGGAGGAAAGAGCAGAGGCACUUGCUAUUAUUCCCAAGUUUGUAUUUCGUGGGCUAAAGGCCAUGUUCCUUUGGGGAUUAGAUGAAUUGAAGUAUUUUUACUCAGGAAAGCACACCCUAGAAUGUCCACAACUAAAACAUUUAAGUGUGAAUCUCUGCGGAAAGCUGCAAACUUUCAAUUUUGAAUCUCAAGAAAUAGAAGAAAUGCUCAUGGAUAAGCAAGAGGACGAACUGAAACUUCAAAUUCCACAACCACUUUUCUCAUGUAGAGAGAUUAUUGGCAAUUUGAAGAGAUUAGCAAUAAAUGACCAGGACGCUGCAAUGAUACAACAAGGCCAAUUUCCAAUGGAUCUCUUUGUCAAACUAAAAAUUCUUUACCUGCAAAGCUUUGGUUAUUCUUUCUUGAAUUUGCCACUUAAUCUUCUUCAGAAGUUUCCAAAUUUGGAAGAACUUGUUUUGAUGAAUUGUUAUUUCAAAGAAUUACUCCAACAUGGUCAUGGUCAUGAUCCACUUCUAUCACAGAUCCGAAGCUUACAGCUGGAUUCGCUUCCUAAUAUUAGACAUGUAUGGAAUCAAGAUUCUCCAUUUUUUCAGAAUCUUGAAACUCUUCAAAUGUGGAGGUGCAAUGGUUUGACUAAUCUGGCACCAUCCUCUGCAACUUUUCAAAAUCUUACGACUCUGCUUGUGAUGAGGUGCAAUGGAAUGUCGAGCUUAGUAUCUUCUUCUACUGCUGAAAGUAUGCACAAUCUCGCCACAAUGACUAUAGAAGAAAGCGAUACCAUUGAAGAAAUUGUGUCAAGCGACAAAAAUAAUUUCCAAUCCCAAAAUGAGAUUAUUUUGUGGAAAUUAACAACUUUGAGACUUCGAUGCUUAAAAAGCCUCGAAACUUUCUGCUCAUCCGCACGUUGCACAUUAAAAUUUCCAGCUUUGGAAGUUGUAUAUCUCUCACAGUGCCCUAAAAUGAAGGUUUUUUCUCAAGGAUCUAUAAGCACACCAAGGCUAAAGAGAGUAAAUUUGACAGAAGAAAGAGAUAAGUGGCGUUGGGUUGGGGAUCUUAAUUCCACUAUAAAACAAUUGUAUGCAGAUAAGGUUGGAUUCAGUGGCCUACGACAUUUGAAACUCUCUGAAUUUUCUCAACUAAAAGAGGCAUGGAAAACCCAACUUCCAGUCAAUUUCUUUUACAAUUUAAGUUCCUUGGAAGUAGACGAGGUUGCAUUUUCCUCCGUUGUUGUUCCAUCCAAUCUACUGCCAAUUCUAAAUGAUUUGAAAAAGCUUGAGGUCAGAAAUUGUGAUUCAGUGGAACAAGUAUUUGGCCUAGAAUGGCCAAACUUUGAUGGACCAUUUGGGAAUUUGUUCAACUUGAGUGAGCUAAAAUUGAUAAAUCUUCCAAUGUUGAGGCUUGUGUGGAUUGAGAUUCCCAAAGGAAUUUUAGAUCUCAGAAAUCUUAAACUGCUCAAAAUCUACAAUUGUAGCAGUUUGAGAUAUAUAUUUACUCCUACCAUCUGCUGUGGCCUUGAGCAACUCCAAGUGCUUGAAGUGAAAAGUUGUGCUAUGGUUAAAGAAAUCAUCACAGAAGAAUCUAUGGAUGAGAUUAGAUUUCCUCAACUAAACUCCAUUAUUCUUGAAUCCUUGCCCAGAUUAAUCAAUUUCAGUUCCGGCAGUGGUACUGUGCAUUGUCCAUCUCUGGAAGAGAUUGCUGUAGUUGAUUGUCCAACCACAUUCACUUGUUCAUUCUUUAGGGAAGCAGAUGCAGCAAUUGAUAAAAUUGUUGAGCGAAAGGUAUUUUUUCCUAAUUUGGAGGACCUGAAACUGUCAUCAAUUGAUGUUGAGAUGAUGUGGCAUGCUCAACACUUGAAGAUAUCCUCUUAUACUGAGAAUUUAACAAGCCUGACUGUGGAUGGCUGUGGGAAUCUAAAAUAUCUGUUAUCAUCAUCAAGUAUUGUGCAUCUGAAAAGACUUGAGGUAUGCAAUUGUAAGAUGAUGGAGCAAGUGAUACUCAGGGAGGGAUUGGAUGAAGAAAUCAUGUUACUCCAUCAACUAGAGUCCCUGAAGCUCAAAGAUCUGCCAAAACUCACCCGAUUCUGCACAACUAAUUUAGUUGAAUGCUCUGCCUUAAAAGAGAUUUGCAUACAAAACUGCCCUCAAAUGAGAACAUUUGUUUCCAAUUCUCCAACUUCAAAUAAUGAACUCGAAAUUAUAAACUCUGCUUUAUUUGAUGAAAAGGUUGCAUUCCCAAACUUGGAGAAAAUGCAGAUUCUUAACAUGGAUUAUUUGAACAUGCUAUGGCAUAAUCAACUCCAUUCAGAUUCUUUUUGCAAAAUAAAAGCAUUAACGGUAGAGCACUGUGAAGAACUACUUAAAAUCUUUCCAUCCAUGUUGCUGAGACGCCUCCAGAAUCUUGAGGAUUUGAUCAUAGGCAAUUGUGAUUCACUGGAAAAGGUAUUUGAUCUACAAGAGAUAAUAAAAUUGAAAGAAACACUGACCAUUCAGUUGAGAACUCUGAACAUAAGAAACCUCCCUAAUUUGAAGCAUGUAUGGAAUAAGGAUCCUAUGGGACUUGUCUUGUUUGAUAACCUAAGUUCAGUGGUGGUUUGUGAUUGUCCAAAUCUAAAAGCUAUUUUCCCAGCUACGAUAGCUAAAAAUCUGCUGCAGCUAGAGACACUAGAUGUGGAAAGUUGUGGUGUGGAAAGUUGUGGUGGGGUGGAGGAAAUUGUUGCUCAGGACCAAGGAACAGAAGCAACUAUAGAGUUUCGUUUUCCUUGCUUAGAGUUCUUGAAGCUUCAGGAAUUAAAUGAACUCAAGUGCUUCUACUCAGGAAUACACACUUUGGAAUCUCCGUUACUGAAGCAUUUAACUGUGUAUCACUGUGAGAAAUUAAAUAUCUUUUGCCCUAAAUCUGAGAACUUGCUAGAGACAGAUACGGAGAGCCAAGCUAUGAUUCAGGAUCCACAACCGCUUUUCUCGUUUAGAAAGGUUGUCUCCAACUUGGAGAAGUUAACUCUAACAAGAAAGGAUGCGGCAAUGAUAUUGGAAGGCCAGUUUCCAUCUGAUCUCUUUCACAAAUUCACAGAGAUUGAGAUAUAUUGCUUUCAUGAUGAAUCUGCAGUUUUUCCAUUUGAUCUCCUUGAAAGAUUUCAGCCUAUGGAAAUUCUUGGAGUAGGUUGUAGUCGAUUCAAGGAGUUGUUCCCUUGUGAUAGCUCUGUUGGUAGGAAAAAAUAUGCUGAGGUUCUUAAAUUGAUACGGGGACUGGUGUUGGAUAACCUUCCUGAUUUGAUGGAUAUAUGGAACCAAGACUCCCAGCUAGACCAAGUUCUACAGUCUCUUGAACUUCUUCUUGUUGAGAGGUGUAACAGUCUGGUUGCUUUAGCACCAUCCUCUACUUUCCAAAAUCUAAUCACGUUGGAAGUGUUGAAAUGCAAUGGAUUACUUAGUCUAGUAACAUCUUCCACAGCAAAAAGUUUGGUGCGACUCACAACAAUGAGUAUAAAAGAAUGUGAUGGAUUGAAAGAGAUAGUUGCCAAUGUUGGAGAUGAAAUUGAAUUGAAAGAGGAUAUUAUCUUUAGCAAAUUGGAAAGUUUGGAACUUCAUUAUUUGCCGAGCCUCGUUUGCUUUUGUUCAUCAGAACACAGCUUCAAAUUCCCCUCUUUGAAAAAUGUAACUGUGAAGCAAUGCCCCAAGCUGCAGGUUUUCUCAAAAGGAGUCUUAAGUACAAGCAGCCUGCUGGGUGUACAAAAAGAUGACCAAUGGCAUUGGAAUGGCAAUCUCAAUACUGCCAUACAACAAUUGUUUGCAGAAAUGGUUAAUGUGAGCUUGGUACUAUUGCAAACAACCUGGCUAAAAUCAUGGACUAUGGCUUCUGUCUACCAUUGGAUUCUUAUCGAACUAUGAUUACUUCUGCUUUGGUCUUUGUUUUGUAUAUUCUUACUGAUUUGUGUGUACUUUAUAUUCCUAUAACAUGUAUAUUGGGACGGUGUGAUACCGAGUGCUUAAUAGACGAUGUAUGUUAAAGUUUUUUUCUU